AUGUCAUUUCCCCUGUGGAGUCCUCACAGCUCCUCCUGGGCUCUGUCGACGCACAUCAGAGUGCAUCACUUCAACACUGGAAACUUAUUCAAGACAUUUUUCCAGGAUCUCUGGUGGCUGCUCUUUGGAAUAAUCCUACUUUGUUCCCCAGCACAUAGCUCUGUCUUUAAAAUUGGUCUGCUUGGACCCUGGAACUGUGACCCCUUCUUUUCCAAAGCCUUUCCACAUGUGGCUGCCAGGUUAGCUGUGGGACGAAUAAGCAGAGAUCCUUCACUAUCUCUUGGCCACCGGCUGGAUUAUGUGGUCCUCCAAGAAGAAUGUGACACACCUAAAGCUCUGGUUAGAUUUGUUGACUUUGGAAAGCUUUCCUCAGCUUUUAUAGGCCCUCUAAACCCUGGCUUCUGUGAGGUGGCUGCACAUUUAGGGAAAAACUGGAAUAAAGCUAUCUUUUCAUGGAUGUGCAUCAAUUAUAAGUUGGAUUCCACCAUCCACCAUAAUGCAUUUGCAAGAACUCUGCCCUCUCCAAUGCAAAUUUUGCUUACAAUAAUGAAAUAUUUUAGGUGGGCUCAUGUUGGCAUCAUUGCAUCCAGUGAUGAUAUUUGGAGGUACACAGCCAAGGAGGCAGCAACUGCACUCAGGAACCAUGGGCUACCUGUAGGCAUUGUUAUAUCUGUGCAUAAGGGAGAAAAAGGCAUUGAAGACACCUGGAACAAGGUUAAAGAAGUUAAUAACAUUAAAAUUAUUCUCCUGUGCAUGCAUUCUGUUCUCAUCGGAGGGCAGGAACAGGCCGCCUUGCUCACAAAAGCUCUGGAAAUGGGACUAGCAGAUGGAAGAUACAUCUUUGUUCCCUAUGACACUUUGCUGUACAGUCUGCCUUACCAAAACAUCUCAUUCAGUGUCUUUGAUAAUGACAGCAAGCUCCGGGAGGCUUAUGAUGCUGUGCUGACCAUCACUCUGGAGUCUGGAGAAAGGACUUUCUAUGAUGCAUUCAGGGAAGCUAAAGAAAGUGGUGAAAUAAUCAGGGAUUUGGAAGCCACACAGGUUUCUCCACUCUUUGGAACAAUCUAUGAUGCCAUUUACUUCAUGGCAAUGGCUAUGGACAGUGCACGGAGGAAAGGAGUCAGAGCCUCAGGAGCCACCAUAGCUGAGCACACAAAAAACUUCAGCUUCCCUGGGUUUAGCCACCAGGUAGAGACAGACAGCUGUGGGAAGGGGCUGGACAACUAUGUGGUACUGGACACAGAUGGUCAUGGGAACCAGCUCUUCCCAACCCACCUGCUGGACAUGUCUGCAGGCUCUGUGUUGCCCCUAGGCCGGGCCAUCCACUUUCCCAAUGAAAUUCCACCCAAACCAGACCCCAGCUGUUGGUUUGAUCCAGAUGUUCUCUGCACUGAAGGGAUUGAGCCUGCUGUCAUUUUCUUGGGAGUAAUACUGUUAUUUGUCCUGGUGUUGUGUGCUGUGGGCCUGGCUUCUCUCAUCAGGCAGAGUAUCCUGAACAACCAGCUUUUCAGGGGUCCAAACAAGAUCAUACUGACCUUGGAUGACCUCGUCUUCAUCAACCCAGAGAUGCAUAGAAAGAGGCUGACCUUGGACAGUCUGACGGAUGCAAACAGCAUAGCAGCCAAGAACAGAAGCAUGAUAUCCGUAACCCGCUCCGCUUCCUUGAAAAGCACAGUGGCCACCCAUGAAACCUCCAACGUGGCUCUGUAUGAGGGAGACCAAGUGUGGCUGAAAAAAUUUGAGACAGGAGCACUUCACAAUCUGAGGCAAAGCUCCACCAGCAUCUUAAGGAAGAUGAAGGAUCUGCGUCAUGAAAAUGUGAAUCUGUUCCUGGGCUUUUUCUCAGACUGUGGCAUCUUUGCCAUUGUGACAGAGUACUGCUCACGAGGCAGCCUGGAGGACUUGCUGAGAAAUGAGGAUAUGAAACUGGACUGGAUGUUCAAGUCCUCUCUUGUGAUGGAUCUAAUUAAAGGAAUCAGAUAUUUGCAUCAUCGAGAUUUUGCCCAUGGACGUCUCAAGUCUCGUAACUGUGUUGUGGAUGGCCGGUUUGUCCUGAAGAUCACUGACUAUGGUUAUAAUGAGAUCUUAGAGGCACAAAAAUGCCCCUAUAUUCAGCCAUCCCCAGAAGAAUUGCUCUGGACAGCUCCUGAGUUACUGCGGGACCCAGACAUGUGCAGAAAGGGCACAAUCAAGGGGGACAUUUACAGCUUUGCAAUCAUCCUGCAAGAGGUGGUUGCUCGGGGUCCACCUUACUGCACAUCAGAGCUCUCAGCUGAAGAAAUUAUAAAGAAAGUGAAGAAGCCCCCUCCCCUGUGUCGCCCAAAUGUAGCUCCUGAGGUAGCCCCCCUGGCAUGCAUCCAGGUAAUGAAACAAUGCUGGGCUGAAGCUCCUGAACGACGUCCAACAUUUGAGGAGGUGUUUCAUAAGUUCAAAACCAUCAACAAAGGGAAGAAGACCAAUAUCAUUGACUCAAUGCUCAGGAUGCUUGAGCAGUACUCAAGCAACCUGGAAGAUUUAAUCAGCGAGCGGACUGAAGAGCUAGAGGUUGAAAAACAGAAGACAGAAAAACUGCUGUCACAAAUGCUUCCACCUUCAGUGGCAGAAGCUCUCAAGACUGGUGGCACUGUGGAACCAGAGUAUUUUGACCAGGUGACCAUCUACUUCAAUGACAUUGUGGGCUUCACAUCCAUUUCAGCCCUCAGUGAGCCCAUUGAAGUAGUUGACCUUCUGAAUGACCUUUACUCUCUCUUCGAUGCUGUUCUUGGAAACCAUGAUGUUUACAAGGUGGAGACAAUUGGUGAUGCCUACAUGGUUGCCUCGGGGCUCCCAAAACGGAAUGGAAACAAGCACGCAGCUGAAAUAGCCAACAUGUCCUUGGACAUCCUCAGCUCUGUGGGAACAUUCAAAAUGAGGCACAUGCCAGACAUUCCCCUCAGGAUACGAAUUGGGCUGCACACAGGGCCCUGUGUGGCAGGCGUGGUGGGGCUGACCAUGCCGCGGUACUGCCUCUUCGGGGACACGGUGAACACGGCGUCAAGGAUGGAGUCCACGGGCCUGCCUUACAGAAUCCAUGUCAGCCAAAGUACAGUGGAUAUACUUCGGAAACUGAAUGAAGGCUAUGAAAUCAUACCCAGGGGGAAAACAGAACUGAGGGGUAAAGGAGUAGAAGAAACAUAUUGGCUGGUUGGGAAAAAAGGCUUCCAGAAACCCUUACCUAAACCUCCUGAAAUAAAGCCAGGGUAAGUCUGGCCAGAUGUACUGACCAGGAAAUUGAAAUCUGUCCUGAGAGACACAAAGAGGACUCUGAGAAAGCAAAGAGCUGGGAAGCAUGAAGGAGAAAUAAGUUUUGAAGAGGAUGAAAUCUGA